AUGGAAACUAAAACUAAAAUACAUUAUAAAUACUGCAUCGUGCCUUUGUGUACGAACACGACUGUAACUGCUCCUGAUAAGCAUUUUUUUACGGUACCAAAACAGAAAAAAAUAAGAGAUAAGUGGUGCAAAAUUAUGAAUAGAAAGGAAUUUUUAUCAGAAAAAUCAGUACGGUAUUGCUGUGAAGACCAUUUUGAUGUCGACAACGACACUCAAAACUUUAUGAGACAUCGAUUUGCUGGUGGCAGACUACUUCUGAAAAAAGACGUUAUACCUCAUAAGUUUGCUCAAGAACGGUCUGCAGUUGCGAAGCGUCGUCGAGCAGAGUAUUAUGAAAAAGUACUUUCAAAGGAAGUUCCAGCCUCUGUUGCCCAAAAACCCAUAGAAUUUAUUGAAUGUGUUCAAAGUGAUGAAGUAAUUAAAGAUCCUGACAGUCCUAUUUUUGUGCCAAUGGACUGUUUUGAUGUGGAUAUGGAAGCCAGUGUGAAAAUAAAAACAAAAAAGAAGGGCACACAAGUACAUAUAAUGGACAAAAAAAAAAUAAAGGAUGUCAAACAAAAUUCAGGCAGAAAAAUAUUAAAUCUUCAGGCAAUGAAAUACUCCAAGGCAACGACAUUAAUUGACUUUGAAACACGUGGUUUGAUGCCCCCGGUCUUCACACCGCUGAACGAUGAUCUCACAAUCAACUAUGCGGCUAUACCUGGAUAUGCCAAAUAUAUGGCGGAAGCUGGCUUCAAAUGUGUACUCGUUGGUGGUACGACAGGCGAGCAUAUGUCUCUGAAUGUAGCAGACAGGAAGAAAGUUAUCGAAGAAUGGGUGAAAGCGGGAAGGAGCACUGGUCUCCACAUACAGGUACAAGUCGGUGGUGCACCACUCCCUGACGUGCAGGAAUUGGCGGCGUUCUGUCAAAAAAAUGGCGUUGGUUCGAUUCUCACACUACCGGAACUAUACUUCAAACCGAGCAAUGUCGAUGAACUGGUGUCUUACGUUGCCCUGGUAGCUGGCGCGGCACCGAAAUUGCCUGUGCUAUAUUACCACAUUCCCAGCAUGACUCGGGUUGAGAUUAACAUGCCUGCCUUCGUCACGGAGGCCUCAAAGAAAAUACCCAAUUUCGCAGGCAUCAAGUUCACUUCGAACGAUUUGAGCGAAGCGUCUCAAGUGCUUCGUGCCAUGUCCGAGAAGAAGGCACUAUUCCUUGGAGCGGACACGCUUUUAGCACCGGCGGCCCUGCUCGGCAUAAAAUCGAGCAUCGGGACGUCUUUCAAUCUCUUCCCGAAAAUAGCUCACGCUAUCCUGAGCGCUGUUCAGAAUAAGGACGUGGAGACGGCGAGAGCCCUCCAGCACAAACUGUGUCUGGCGAUCGAAUCAUUAACCAAGGAAGGUCCGUGGGUACCCGUUAUGAAGGCCGGAAUGGAAAUCGUGACCGGAAUCAAAGUUGGAGCGCCUUCGCUGCCUCAAAAGCCGCUUAGUUCGGAAGCCAUAGAGCGGAUCCGUGGCAGGCUCAGGGCGCUGGAUGUAGCCUAGAUUUGCGGGUUCCGGAAUAGCUAAAAAUCGGGACUGAAAUAACGAGACAGUAUAUCAACGCUUGAAAGGCAAACGUGACUAAGCGACAAUGUGUGAACUUUACAGUAGACUAAUUUAAAGUUGAAAUACCUGAAA